CUGGAGCCUAACGGCCACCUGCGCGUGAGGGGGCGCGGUCUCGGGGCAGCUUUUUCUCAGCUGCCACUGGCACGAUGAGCCAGCACCAGGCGGUCCUGGGGGCGCCCCUGCAACGAAACCACCGCCCCCUCCCCAUUCCCGCCUGCUCCAAAUCCAAACGCCUCAGGACCAAACGGGAACGCAACGCAGCCAAAUUCGGCGCAAAGAUCCCCUUGAGGGGCUCCCGGCGGGGUCCCACCAUUCCCCCUCGCUGGCUGCAGCCUCCCCCGUGGGCUGGUGGUCUCUUUUUGGGGAGCCCCUUGGGGCCCCCCAAACCUGUGGUGAUCACCCAGAACCGGCUGUGCCACCGUGGCCUCUUCAACCACAAGGUCAAAUCUCUUGAUGUCCGGCGCCUGCUGACCCCCGGCCCUGGUGGGGAUGCUCCCCACCCCACUCCCCCAGUUGAGGAGGGGGACAUCGGAGGGGUCCCAGCUGAGGCGCUGAAGGAUCUGGUGGCGAGUCUGGCCUCGCUGCUGGGGAGUUUUGGGGCGUUUCCGGGGCGGGAGUUGGUGCGCGAGCGGCGCCGGAGCCUCAUGGCUGUGCUCAGGAGGCACCGACGGGGACCCCCAGACCUGGGGGUUUUCCUGGCACACCGAACCCCAGCCCAAGCCUCAGGUCAGAAGAGCCCCCGGGCCCCCCAGCAAGAGGAGAGGUCAGAAGUGCCAGAACAAGCAGUCAAUUUGGGGGGGUGGGAGGUGGGAGACCCCCCUGCCAGGACUCCCAGCCCACUUCGUCAUGUCAAUACACCGCCACCGCCCCCCUGCACCCCCAGCCCCAUAUUCGGAGACCCCAGAAAGCGAGAGAACCCUUUUUCAUGGAGCUCAGUCGAGGAUGAGGAGGAUGAGACCCCCGGGGGGCCCACCCACACAUGGGGUGCUCCUGGGGGGCUCCUGCCAGCACCCUUUUGGAGGCCCCCACAGCCUCCCCAGAAGGAUGAGGGGGAGGAUGAAGGCUGGACCCCCAUCACUGCCCCGGCCUUCAGCCCAGAUGCUCCACCCUGGGGACCCCCCCCAAUGCAGAGACACCCGUGGGCCCCCCCAUGCCCCCAGAUGCCCUCAGACCCCAAAAAUCUGGAGAACUGGGACCCCCUGGGACCCCUCCAGGUCCCCCUGGAAUGCCCAAAGACCCCCCUGGGAUUCCACAGACCCACUCCAAACCCCCCCCAGACUCCUCUGGGAACUCUCAAACCCCACCCGAGCUCCCCCCACCCCCCCCCAGACCCUCCCGGACCCCCCAAAUCUGGAGCCCAGAACCCCACAAGGCCUCCCUGGACCCCCUCAGACCCCUCUGGGAUGCCGCAAAUACCUCCAGACUGCCGUGGGACCCCAGACCAGAGCUACCCAGCUCAGAGCUACCCAGAGCUGCCCUGGACCACCCCAGACCCCCCAGAACUCCCCAACUGUGGAACCUGGAGGCUCCCAGGGCCCUACUGGAUGCCCCGAGACCCCUGUGGGACGCCCCAGAUGCCCCUAGACCCCUCUGGGAAUCCCCUGACCCCCCCACAGCUCCCCCAGACCCACCCAGAUUCUCCCGGAGCCCCCAGCUCUGGAACCCGGAGCCACCCUGGGAUCCCCCGGCCCCGCCCCGACCACCCAGGGAUCCCCCCAGACGCUCGCGGGACCCCCGACCCUGGGGCCCGCAACCCCCCGGAGCCCCCCAGAACACGGAACCGUCACGAUGCUGCUGUCGCCGGCUCUGUCGCGACACAGCCCAGCGCGACCCGCCCUGUCGCCAAACCGUCCGCUGCGACCCCCUCUGUCCCGACACUUUCCGUCGCGCCCAGCCCCGCCCCGUCCCUCUCUGUCGCGACCAGCCUCGUCGAGCCCCCCCCCACUGCUGCCACCAGCCCCCGAAGCGCCGGCGCCCGGAAUGGGGAGGGGUCGCGGGCGGAGCCUGGGGGGGCCCCAGGGACAGCCCCCCCUCACCCCUCCGCCCACCGGGCUGCAGGUGCCCCUGCAGGGGGCUCUGCUGCGGGGGGAGUUUGA